AGGGACUGUGAGGAGCGGAGCGCCAUCUGUCAGUAGGUUCUGACGGAACCAGGAGGCGCGUCGCUCUUUACGCGCAGCAGGAGCUCAGAUCCUGACCCGGUUCGGAUCAGACUGUGGUCUCUGUGUGGAUCCUGACUCAGCGGGUCUCACUUUGAUCGGGUUUUUGUCAGGAUUAAAGCUCGUGAAGCCGCCUCACCGCUGGAUUCUUUCGCGCGUAAAAGUCUGUCCGCCGCGCGUCGAGCCGAGCAGACAUGGAGAACCUGACUGCUCCUCCGGACCGGAACCAGACUUUAGGACUCUGGACGGACUACAGCCUGCAGUACAAAGUGAUCAGCAGUUUGCUGCUGCUGCUGAUCUGCGCCGCGGGGAUCGUCGGGAACGUGAUGGUGAUCCUGGUGGUCCUCACCACCAGACACAUGAGGACCCCCACCAACUGCUACCUGGUCAGCCUGGCCGCGGCGGACCUCAUGGUCCUGACGGCCGCGGGCCUUCCCGCCAUCACGGACAGCAUCUUCGUCACGUGGGUGUUCGGCCGCGCGGGCUGCCUGAGCAUCACCUACCUGCAGUACCUGGGCAUCAACGCGUCCUCGUGCUCCAUCUCCGCCUUCACCAUCGAGAGGUACAUCGCCAUCUGCCACCCCAUCAAGGCCCAGUCCCUCUGCACCCUGUCCCGGGCCAAGAGGAUCAUCCUGUUCGUCUGGACCUUCACCUCGGUCUACUGCGUCCUGUGGCUCUACCUGUCCGACCUGCAGCAGCUGGUCUACGACAACGUCACGGUCCUGAGCUGCGGGUACCGCGUGUCCCGGAAGUUCUACCUGCCCGUCUACUUCUUCGACUUCGGGGUGUUCUUCGUGGUUCCGCUGCUGCUGUCCGCGGUUCUGUACGGGCUCAUCGCCAGGAUCCUGAUCCUCAACCCGCUGCCCUCCGACCCAAAGGACGGGAGGAAGAACGGAACCGCCAGCUGCAAGAACUCCCGCCACUGCAGCUCCACGGCCACGUCACGCAGACAGGUCACCAAGAUGCUGGCGGUGGUGGUGGUCCUGUUCGCGGUCCUCUGGAUGCCGUACCGGACCCUGGUGGUGGUGAACUCCUUCCUGGACCGGCCCUACCUGGACACCUGGUUCCUGCUGUUCUGCAGGACCUGCAUCUACCUGAACAGCGCCGUCAACCCGCUCAUCUACAACGCCAUGUCGCAGAAGUUCCGCGCCGCCUUCAGGAAGAUCUGCGGCUGCCGGGGGAGGGGGUCCGACAAGCCCGCCGCCUGCAGCGUGGCGCUGACCUACAGCGCCGUGAAGGACACGUCCCUGGUGGACACGUCCCUGGUGGACACGUCCCUGGUGGACACGUCCCUGGUGGACAGCACGGACCACUUCACCACCGAGCUGGAGGAGCUGACGGUCACAGACGAGCUGCUGUCCGAUCACAAGAUGUUUCCGGACCCCUGCAGCUUCAAGAAGGUGAACUUCAGUCAUGCCUGAUGGGUCCCAGGGUCUCUAAUGGACCUGCUGAGGACAGGUCUCAGGGUCUCUAAUGGACCUGCUGAGGACAGGUCUCAGGGUCUCUGAUGGACCUGCUGAAGACGGGUCGUGUUCCUGAGAACCAGACCUUUUUUAUCCUGCAGCUAGAGACAGAAACAGAUCCGGACCACCCGUCCAUCCAGGACCGGUUCUGAAACACAACACGUCCAGGUCCACACAUGAACAACUCCCUGAGAGCGGCCCGGUUUGAGUCAACAGAACCUGGACAGAACCACAUUCAGGUGUUGGGUUCUAAUAAAAGGUUCUGAUGGGUCCAUUUCCCACAAAACAACUGAUGCUUUUAGCCCCGCCCCCUGGACUGCUUAAUGAAAGUUUGUUUUAUUUAUUAUUUAUGAAAAGUUCUGAAUUAUUAAA